AUGGGAAUAAUUUGCCAAAUUCUUUUCCACAACAAUACUCAAGGAGUAUUCUAUGCGGGCCAAACGAUUUCUGGCCAAGUGACUUUGAGUACGGAUAAAGUGAUUCAAAUUAAGGCAAUUAGACUUAAGGUCAAAGGUUUCGCCGAGACCCAUUGGACCGAAAGCAAAACUGAUUCGAACAAUAAGUCUACUUCAGAAUCGUUCAAUGGCUUUGAGAAAUACCUUUCCAGUAAAGUUUUUCUGUUGGGAUCCGAAAUAAGCACCGAAAUGUCUUUGGAGCCCGGAACCAGAUCGUAUAAUUUUGCCUGUCAAAUUCCAAUCAACUGUCCUUCUUCGUUCGAGGGUACGCACGGUCGUAUACGUUACAUGGUGGAUGUCAAUAUUAUACAGCCCUGGAAGUACGAUAGUGUCUUUUCAAGAGCUUUUACAGUAAUUCAAGUAAUGGACGUAGGCACCUACGAGUCUGUUUCUCAGAUUCCCGUGCAGGCCAGGACUGAGAAGACUUUCGGUGUCUGGCCCUUCCGAUCGGAUCCGCUGACCCUGGAGCUCAAUCUGCCGCAGACUGGUUUUGUACCCGGGCAGACGGUCCCCAUAAAUGUUUUGGUGGGCAACGAGAGUAAAAUCAAGGUGUACGAAGUGAAGGUUGGCCUGUCCAUGAUGAUCACCUACUACAGUGACCUUAGCUCAGGAACAAAUAGUGAGCGCAAGUCCGUGGCCAAGCUGAAGGCAGAUGGGGUUAGGCGCAACUCUCGGAGAAUGUACGACUUCCAACUGCUGAUUCCCUCCACUCCGCCCUCUUGCUUACACUUGUGCCGCAUAAUUAAGAUCGGAUACCAGAUCGAAGUUGUGGCCAAGGUGAAGGGCAUGCACAUAAACGGAACUCUGAUAAUGCCUGUGACUAUCUGUGGGGUUCCGAUAACACCGCCAAUGGUGCAAUAUAUUCCAGACAGCUCUGCCCCCCCGCUUCCAGAGCAAAGAGCUUUGACUUUGGUUGAAGGCGAGGGUGCUUUUGCUCCAGCUGCCCCUCCAUACCCCUGGGCAGAGGGAUCCACCUUAUCACCACCUAGCUAUGCUGAGGCCAUGUAUUCUUCUACAGAUCCUAUGAGCUCCAAGCAAGGACAGCAGGAAUCGGUAAAUGUGGAAGGAAACUCCUACAAGCCGCUCUAUCCUGUCUUUACUAUGCCUACUCAAAAUGAAGAAAAAGCUGAAAAGGCUGUUUUAGAGAAAGAGGAAAAGAAGUGAGGAAGGGCGAGAAUAAUAAUUCGAGUUUGAGAACAAUUGGACACCCAAUCCCCCAAAUUAAGAAAUCCUUGGCAUUUUCCCAGUUCUUCAGGGCUUACUUGUUGCCUGUAUGCUUCAAUUGGCGAAAUGUAUAAUUCAAAAUUGUGGAAGCGAUAAGAUAAAAGUUGGCCUGGCCAUCGCUACCAAUAUA